AAGGGAGCGGUCGUAAGGAGGAACGGAGAGAGGAAGAAGUCCAGAAGAGAAGAAGAAAGAGAAGAACGAAGAGUUGUUUACUCCUCGACAAACUCCUUUCUCUCAUCGGCGUUCGAUUCUAUUCUCUUCUCACCGAGGAUCGCGCUUACGAUGAGCGCUCGCGAAUUCAGCGACCUGAAGUUGGCUGUUUGUGAUUUAUCGACGGGCGAGUGCUCCGGUUGGACGCGACAGACGUAACAUAACCUCCGCGUACCGCGUUGUAUCAUCGUCCCGCGUCGCGUGUUGACUCAUACUCUUUGUUGCGCGCACGUACGUACAUUCCAGGUGAACAAUUCAUUCACGUCGCUAUGUAACGAACGAACGCGGCGACUGAGAGCUUCGUUGAUGUAACGCCAUGCCCGCGAUCAGGAUGAUCGUGUCUCUGUUAUUUUUCUGCGGUGUUCACCUCGCGCGCGGCCAGAAGUACGAGGGUUGCUUCCAGAGCUCGCCCUCGGAGCCCGAGUUGCCGUCCCCGACCCUGGGGUACGCCAGCACGCCCGCCGAGUGCAUCAAGGCAUGCCGUUCUCGAUAUCACAUGUUUGCGGGAUUGAUGAAUGGGCAGCAAUGCUACUGCAUCAGCAGAUUUGGCCGAAACGGACCAUCGAGCAGCUGUACCAUUCCUUGCGUUGGUGAUCCUGUUAAUUACUGCGGCAGCAAUGAAGCUAUGAGUGUCUUUACUACUGGCCAGCAAGGGCCGAGUCCGCCACGGAGAGUAUACGUAACUCGCGAUGACAUAGACGCUCUUGUUAUAACGUGGCAGCCACCCGACAUACCCAACGGAAACGUUACAUCCUACACUGUUCGCGCUGUUGCCGUUGAAACGCACGCGAGGAACAUGCUAUCGCCCAUCGAGAGCCAGAUUCAAGGAGGAGCAUCGAACAGCACGGUUCUGCGAGGCCUCCAACCCGGCAGUAAAUACAAUAUAACUAUCACUGCCAGUAACGCGCAAGGGCCCAGCGAUCCAGCGCAUGCGGUAGCGUGGACCUCGAUCGGCCCUCCUGAUAAGCCAGCCACGCCCAAGGUGCUGGAGCGCGGUGACAGCACCGUAACAGUCAUGCUCACCGACGGUCACAGCGAGUACGGGCCCAUCAGCACGUACCAAGUGAUAGUCGUACAAGCGGGCACUAUACCUCCGGUUGGCCCCGAUGUUGAGUUCCUGAACUACGACGGCGCGUUGAAGAACGGUCUGAGUUACUACGUCGCCGCGCAGUUCGAUCCGUCGGACUUUCAUAGGUACAAGAGGUUCACGGUGGGUGACGGGAAGCAGAUCGGAGGCUACUACAACGCUCCACUGAGAGACCAUUUCACCACCGCGCAAAUCGGCCUGGCAGUGGUCUCGCGAGUGCAAACGGAGGUGCAACGCUCUUAUUCCGACCUGACCAGCUACGCGCUCGCCCACGAGGAGACAUCCAGCCAGAUGGACUCGACGGCACUCGUACUCUGCAUAGCGAUUACAAUUUUGAGCAUCUUGCUUGCCGCUUCGAUUAUGUUGUACUUCGCGCUGCGACGACGACACGAGAGAUUCCACAUGCGGAAGCUGCCGGAGCAGCAAGAGCUGACGUUGCAAGGUCCGGUGUACGAGGUGGACAACAUGGGUUACAUUCCAGAGGACAUUCCCGAGCGAGUGAAUCAUUACCAGGAACUGAAGAAAAAGGUAUGGAGCAUACCGCGAAAUGCUCUGUCCAUCGACAACGUUCUUGUGCGAAGGGGACGAUUUGGCACCGUGCACACCGGCACCGUUUUGAAGGACGACGGAUCGUACCCGGUGACGGUGCACACGAUAGCCGACGGCUCGCUGAAGAGAUCCGACAAGAGGCACAUGCUGAGGGAACUAGACGUGUGCAUCAGAGCGGGUUCCAUGAGGAAUCUCGCGGGUCUCGUGGGAACGUGCGAGACUCCCGACACGUUGUACGUCGUGCUGGAAUUGCCGCCGCAAAUCCUAAAAAAUCGUCUGCUGGUCGCACGGUCCGGAGACCCAUUUCCGGUCGAUCGAAUACUGCCGAUCGCGUCCUCGCUAGCGGCCGCGUUGCGAUACCUGGCGAGUCAUAAAAUCGUUCACCCUCACGUCUGCGCGCGAAGCGUGGGAUUGCUGAGCGACUGGACGCCCAAGCUCAUGGGUCACGGCAUCGCCAAGUACGCGUUGGAGGACAUAAAGCACGGCAGGUGGACGGCGGUCGAAUGCUUCGACACUCAAAAGAAGCACCAACCGGGCGUGAUAUGGGCGUUUGGCGUACUCUUGUGGGAAAUAUUCAGCAUGGGAGGGACACCGUACUCGAAUUUGACACUUGACAGUGAGGUGGAGGACGCGGUCACACGAGGCACUCGGCUACCACAAUUGCUGGACGUUCCCGAUCCAAUUUACGAAGUCAUGUCGUCCUGUUGGCGGGAUGAUCCCGAGGAACGGCCGACGUUCGAGGAGCUUACACGCUUGGAUACCUUGAGUAUUUGUCCUAUCACUGCAAUCACGGAGCCGUACGUACCAGAAUUGGAGUUGUAUUAACAUUCUUAAUUUUACGUAUAUCUGCAUUUACUUAAUAAAUCGCGCGGCAUCGGAGCUCAAUGUUGUAAAUAUCGUACACCGUGUUCAUGAGAAUUUCUCAUAGAUUUAGCGGAUACUAUAUAUUUAUCGUUACCAAUAUAUACAUAUUUUUAGUAUCUGCAUCUUAUCUCACGUCUCGAACUUAAUUGUAUCGUAUUGUAAGGAGCGUAAGGUAAAUAUUACAAGCAUCAAUGCGCGCACUUUCCGUCCAUAUCUCAUAGAAAAUAGCUCAGAUUGAUAUACGUGGAUGACAAGUAAGAAAAUUAUGGCAAAGAUAUAUCGAUUGACGUGAAUGUAAUGUAUCGCGCAUCACUAUCGUAGAAAAUAAUUCUAUUUUCUUCUAUAUUUUUACACAAUAUUUCGAUAUUUUACAUUAUUUAUUCGAAAACGCAAUUUUACUUUUGAAUUUUUUAAUUCAUCAUAAAUGUCAGGACACAGAAAAUAUUUUAUUACUCUCUUUUGUUGGUUGUGAGAAUCAUAGAUAUAUAUAUAUAUAUAUAUAUUUUUGUGGCAUCUUUCAAUUAUUACUAAUUUAAUACUUGUGCAUACUACGAAUCAUUCUUACUCAAUAAUAUUCUCAGUUUAUACACACGCAAGUACAAAUUUGUAUGUAUAUUAUUGUCAAAAAUCGAUAUACUCUUUAGUGUAUAUAUUUUUUGGACAAAUAAUUAAUCAAUAUAGAAAUUGCCAAGGAA